GACGGGGGAAAAAAUUCUGAUUACCUGUCUCCAAUAUGCAACACUAAUAUUCACAGCGGAAAUAUGAAUGUUCGCGUGAAACGCGCCGGAAACGACGUUUCCGUGAAUUUGAUGUUCGGUGAUGCAUGCGCUGCACUGACAUAGCUCAGCAGGUAGUUCUAAAACCAUGUCAUGCCAUUGAAGGAAAAAAUAAGACUAGCGGAAUCUUUUGAUUUGAAUGUUCGCUGUGGGGUCUCAAGUCCCUGUCGCUGUCCAAAUAACCUCCUGGGUUUGAGGAUGCAUCAGCUGCUGCUUAGCCCAAUGAGGGCUUGCAGAAAGGACAGGAUGACACUUUAACAGAAGAUUGUGGGAAGCAAGGUCUCUGGUCUGUUGCCUUCCCUGAUCGCAUCAGAUCACGAUGCAGUCCCACAGGCUGCGUGAGAUGGACCAGCAGCAGCAGCGGCCCCUGCUGCAAGGGGACUCCACCGUGGGUGUUGGCCCAGCAGGCAUCCCUUCAGAUUCCACGCAGCUCUGGUUCAUCCAGGACGGCUGCGGCCUGAUCUGUGCCUUCAUCACGUGGUUCCUGGUGCUCUACGCAGACUUCGUGGUCACCUUCGUCAUGCUGCUGCCGGCCAAGAGCGUGUGGUACGCCGUGGUCAACGGGGUGCUGUUCAACGGCCUGGCAGUGCUGGCGCUUACGUCGCACCUGCGCACGAUGCUCACCGACCCGGGAGCGGUCCCCAAGGGCAACGCCACAAAGGAGUACAUGGACAGCCUGCAGCUGAAGCCCGGGGAGGUCAUCUACAAGUGCCCCAAGUGCUGUAGCAUCAAGCCAGAGAGGGCCCAUCACUGCAGCAUCUGUAAGCGCUGCAUCCGUAAGAUGGACCACCACUGCCCCUGGGUGAACAACUGCGUGGGGGAAAAAAAUCAGCGCUUCUUUGUGCUCUUCACUAUGUAUAUAGCCAUGAUCUCUGCCCAUGCGCUAGCCCUCUCUGGGUUCCAGUUCAUUACCUGUGUCCGAGUUCAGUGGAACGAGUGCAGUGACUUCUCCCCUCCUGUGACGGUCAUGCUUAUGAUCUUCCUCUGCCUGGAGGCCCUUCUCUUCCUCACCUUCACUGCCGUCAUGUUCGGCACACAGCUCCACUCCAUCUGUAACGAUGAGACCGAGAUCGAGCGCCUGAAGAGCGAGAGGCCCACGUGGGAGCGGCGGACGCGCUGGGAGGGCAUGAGGGUCGUGUUCGGGGGCAAGCCUUCGCUCGUCUGGAUCAACCCCUUCGCUGGCCUGCGGCUGCGCCACCUGCUCUCUACACGCACGAGAAAGAGCGGACCCGAGUUCUCCGUCUAAACCACACACAUGCACACACACACACACCCACACAUACUCUCUAAACACACACAUACACAUACAGAGACUCUACACACACUUACCCAGACUACAUACAUGCAUACAGACAUGCACACACACACUACACCCAGGCUCAGGUGUGAGUUCCAGUGAGUUGUUCGUUCCUGGUGUUGUAGAGUUAUGUUCAUCAGGACACACUCAAAAAUAAUCCCCAAAAUAGUUUACGUAUCAGCACAUAUGUGUAAGCAGAUACACACAGGUUUGUGAUCACCCACACAAUGUGUAUGUGGUCACACACAACUCUUUAACACCGCUUUACCGCCUCACUGGUCCACUCACAUGUUAUGAAGCUGAGCUUGUGAAAAGAAACAAAGAAACGAGAGACGUUAUGAUGUUAUGACAUACACUACAUGCCUGCACCAAGAACUACAAACACACACACACACACACACACACACACACACACACACACUUGGUGCUGUGUUGGACUCUAUAAGACUGACUGGCUCCUUAGUGGGCUCAGCCCACCCUCCUGUGGAACUGCUUUGCAACCAAUAGGGUCUAAGAAGGGAACAUGAAGCUGCAAUCAAACAGAAGAAGACCUUCGUUGUCAACAUUGUUUUUUUAUUUUUAUUCAUUUAUGUAUGGAUGUGGGUGUUUUUUAAUCAUUGUGAAGUCGUCCUUGUGUUUUUAGUGCAUCUCUCAAUCAUUCAGGUGGUUUAAAGCAGAGUCAAAGUCAGACAUCUGUCUUCUCAUUGCUGCUGGGUGGAUUAAUGCACUGAAUGACAUAGCCGAGCCAGAUCAGGCUGUGUGGAUGCACUCUGUGGGUUUUGAACUGUGUGUUUUGUGUGAGCUAUUGGGUUCGGUGGUAGAGGAUCUAGUCAAAUGCAUCAGGGAGGAGAAAAGGAAAGAAGGAGGGAGGCACGGGGGGAGGUGGGCGGGUGGAAAGAUGGCCGGAUGCCAGAAUGUCAGGAUUCAGCAGUAGGACCCAGCUUCACCCUUAUGGAACAGCCACCGCCCCUCUGUUAUUGUCACAGUGGUCAAUGCCUAAUUUCCAUGUGAAGUGACAGGAGGAAAUUGCUGGAUAUUGCUGUCUGAUGACUCGCUGUACGGUUGUAAUUACACAGAGGCAAAAACAACCAGUGUUUGGAUCAGCCUUGGUGAUGGCAAUUACCAGCAGCCGACCACAGUUUUUUUUAUUUGUUUUGUAUUUUGCCCAGCUUGUACAUGUGCAUAUUUCACCGGCUUUAAAACAUCUCACCUUCCACAGUGUGCAUUCGUAUGUAUUUGAGGGACAGGGAUUGGUCUGUGCCUAUUUAAUUAUUACCUCCUGUGGAUGCUGGACCAGUCGAGGCUUACUGCAGGGACACUAGUGGCAAUGAGAUAUCUUUAAAAGCUCAGUGUAAUCGCUUCUCACUUAGUCUUCUGAGGUGAAUUAUUAAUGCUGAUGGCUCAUAGCAAAGACCUGCAUGGUACAAUGUAGUAUUGAUUUAAGACCGAGUAGUCUGGCUUUCAAAAUAGUGACCUCAAGAUCCUGUUAUUUGAGUGCAUGUGCGUCAUAUACGUAUUAAACUCAAAAAAAAUCAAAUUAUUAUAUUAUGACAAAUUUUACUCAAAUAAUAUUGUAAGGAUGUGAUUCUCUCAUAACUCUGAAUCAUGCAUUCAUUCAUGCAUCAGACACUCCUCUUUUGGUGCAAUGGACAUUGUCAGGAUAAACACAGAUAUCAGGUAGAAAUGUGCAGUAUCUGAAGAAAACUUGUCUGUCUGUUGGAAUUAAAGGAUAUUUCUUACAAA